GAGGCCCAAACUCAACCGAUCCCACUUGGCUGUCUCUCCCUCUCUCUCUCUCUCUUCCCCUCCGUUAUCCCCAACAGCUCGAGACCGCCAGAAAGGGCAGAGGGGGAAAGCUCAGCUCAACGAGAACACUGAGCUAAUGGCAGUAGAGUCGGUGAGAAUGGCGGGCUCCUCCACUCUCUGCAGCCUCAACGGUUCUCAGAGGAGGCCCUUCCUUCUCCCGCAGAGCUCCCGUGUCGUGGGUCUCCGCCCUCGGGCGGCUGCGGCUGCUUCGGUUUCUUCCUCGGUGUCUCAGUUCCUGGGAAGUGGGAGGAUUAGCUCGAAAUCGGUCAAGCUCUCGACUUUGGAGAAACGGGGCAGGAGGAACUUCUCCAUCUUCGCCAUGGCCGGUGAAGAUGAAAAGCGUACAGUCCCGCUGAAGGACUAUAGGAACAUCGGGAUUAUGGCCCACAUAGAUGCAGGGAAAACGACCACCACGGAGCGAAUCCUCUACUACACAGGCCGAAAUUAUAAGAUUGGGGAGGUCCAUGAAGGAACAGCCACAAUGGACUGGAUGGAGCAAGAGCAAGAGCGGGGGAUCACUAUAACUUCUGCCGCAACCACCACAUUCUGGAACAAGCACCGCAUCAACAUCAUUGAUACCCCAGGGCACGUGGACUUCACCCUUGAGGUCGAGCGUGCCCUGCGGGUGCUCGAUGGUGCAAUCUGCCUCUUUGACAGUGUUGCUGGUGUUGAACCUCAGUCUGAGACUGUGUGGAGGCAGGCUGAUAAGUAUGGGGUUCCACGUAUCUGCUUCGUGAACAAGAUGGACCGGCUUGGGGCAAAUUUCUUUCGUACUAGGGACAUGAUUGUGACGAAUUUGGGAGCAAAGCCCCUUGUGAUUCAGCUACCCAUUGGUGCGGAGGAUAAUUUCCAAGGGGUUAUUGACUUGGUCAGGAUGAAGGCGAUUCUUUGGACAGGGGAAGAGUUAGGGGCAAAGUUCGUGUAUGAUGAAAUUCCUGCAGACCUACAGGAGAUGGCUGAGGAUUACCGAUCGCAGAUAAUUGAAACGAUUGUAGAGCUGGACGACGAGGUGAUGGAGAAAUACCUGGAAGGAGUUGAGCCUGAUGAGGAGACAAUUAAGAAGUUAAUCAGGAAAGGGACUAUCUCAGCAAAUUUUGUUCCGGUGUUAUGUGGGUCUGCCUUCAAGAACAAGGGUGUCCAGCCUCUGCUUGAUGCAGUUGUAGACUACCUCCCUUCACCUCUUGAUUUGCCCCCUAUGAAGGGUACUGACCCUGAGAACCCAGAAGUGACGAUCGAACGGGCCGCCAGUGAUGACGAGCCCUUCUCUGGCCUUGCAUUCAAGAUCAUGAGUGACCCAUUUGUGGGGUCCCUCACAUUCGUGAGAGUCUAUGCUGGGAAAUUGAUUGCAGGAUCGUACGUUCUGAAUGCAAAUAAGGGCAAGAAGGAGAGAAUUGGAAGGCUUCUUGAGAUGCAUGCGAAUAGUCGAGAGGAUGUGAAGGUAGCUUUGGCCGGUGAUAUUGUUGCACUUGCGGGUCUUAAGGACACAAUCACUGGGGAGACUCUCUGCGAUCCUGGCUGUCCGAUCCUUCUUGAGCGAAUGGACUUCCCUGAUCCUGUGAUCAAGGUUGCCAUCGAACCUAAGACCAAGGCUGAUGUCGACAAGAUGGGUGCUGGUCUAGUCAAGCUUGCCCAGGAAGACCCAUCAUUCCAUUUCUCACGUGAUGAGGAGAUCAAUCAGACGGUGAUUGAAGGGAUGGGAGAGUUGCAUCUUGAGAUUAUUGUUGAUCGACUCAAGAGAGAAUUCAAGGUUGAAGCUAAUGUGGGGGCUCCACAAGUGAACUACCGAGAGAGCAUCUCGAAGGUGUCUGAGGUGAAGUACAUCCACAAGAAGCAGUCAGGUGGGCAAGGGCAGUUUGCUGACAUCACUGUACGGUUCGAGCCCCUAGACGCGGGCAGUGGAUACGAGUUCAAGAGUGAGAUCAAGGGAGGAGCCGUCCCAAAGGAGUACAUCCCUGGAGUCAUGAAGGGGCUUGAGGAGUGCAUGAGCAAUGGAGUCCUUGCAGGAUUCCCCGUGGUUGAUGUUCGGGCAGUUCUAGUGGACGGAUCCUACCAUGAUGUGGACUCAAGCGUCUUGGCUUUCCAAUUGGCUGCUAGGGGAGCCUUCAGAGAGGGCAUGAGGAAGGCAGGUCCAAGGAUGCUGGAGCCGAUAAUGAAGGUCGAGGUUAUCACGCCUGAGGAGCACUUGGGAGACGUUAUUGGGGAUCUGAAUUCCAGAAGAGGGCAGAUCAACAGCUUCGGGGACAAACCCGGUGGCCUCAAGGUUGUCGAUGCGUUGGUUCCCCUGGCAGAGAUGUUCCAGUACGUAAGUACGCUUCGUGGGAUGACCAAAGGCCGAGCAUCCUACACGAUGCAGCUAGCCAAGUUCGACGUCGUCCCGCAACACAUCCAGAACCAGCUCGCCUCAAAGGAGGAAGUUGCUGCCUGAUCUCAACAUCAACCACCACUCCUGCAUAGAAACAAAAAAUUUUGUUCAUUUUGCGAGUGCGAAAUAUGUAUGGAUCAAAAUGAAGCCCACUGUACUACACAAAGAACAACGUAGAGGAACUUUAAAAUCCGAGUGCUGGGCAAAAUGAAAUUUUGUGCUCCUGUUCCGUCUCAAAUUCUCAAUCGUAUUUUUUUUCCCUAAA